GCCGCCCAGGGACAGAAUGCACCCUGGGUGCCGCUGCCCAGUGCGGCAGCAGUGGCCACUCUGAGCUGUCCCUGAGGCCUCCACUGGGAGGUGGAGAGCCAGGCUGAGCCCAGGACACCAGAGGUCUGGUGAUGCCUGCUGGGGACCCCAGACAAGGAAACUGAGGCCUGGGGAUGACCUCCUGGGUUCACACAGAGUGGGACCGGGACCCAGGACCCUGGCUGCCCAGUGCGGUCCUUCCUGCCACAGGCCGGACCUUGGAAGAGGUGCCAGGGUGGCAGUGGGGAGCAGGUGGUGUACCUCCAAGUCUCUGAGGCCAUGAGCAGCGGGGAGAGCCGAGUGCUGUGGUGCUGCCUUGCCCAAGGCCCUGGAGUGUCUCUGAGCAGCCGCCCACCCCCCUGAGACUGGAGAGGCUCAUGACCAGGCAUCCCUGCGUCCAGGUCCCGCUCAACUUUCUUGGCUCUGAGGCCCAAAGCCCGUCUGCACCUCUAGGCACAGUCUCCUUGAGUGGAGUGUGUGGAGUGCUGUUUCAAAGUGCACCUGGGAUUCCGUCAUCAUCCAGCCAGAUGAUGGAAGCCGCAGGCUUGGCGUUGUCUGCGUGGCAGGGUGUGCUGUUGGGACUCGGGGUGGCUGGAUGGAGGAGCCAGGCUGGGGGUGACUUCUGGGGGCAGCAGCCCUGUCUCGAUCUUCCUGUCUUCCUGCCCCAGCUGAGGGCUUGCUCAGAGACUGGGCUCAGCAGACGACCAAGGAAUAAAUGGAAAGAGAACGGCCCUGCCUCCCAUCUCUCCGGCCAGGUGGCCGUCUGGGGAUCCGGGAGGCGAAGCAAAGCGAGGAACCGUCUUUGGGGUCAGAGACAGGAAGACCCCCCUCCUUUCUACUGGAGCCUGAGGUUGGGCAGCGAUGGCCAUUGGCUCGAAAAGCAGCAGCAGAUGAGACAGAAUUUGCCCAGAGGACCCUGGAAUGCUGGCCUCCUGGGGAAACAAGCCUUCCCAAAGCCGCAUGAGGCUACUGAGUGCUCUAAGCAAGCCACUGUCACAGCCGCACCGCUACCAUCAUGGCCGGUGUCCCCUCCCCUCUCGUCCGUGCCCCGCAGGGGCCUCUUGUCGGGCCCCGGCCCUUGUCCUCUUCACGUGUGUUCUCAGGCCAGCAGCCGAUGUGACCCUUCCAGAAGUUUUUCUUUAAAAGCCACAUUCUACAGAGAGAUGAACAAAGCUACAACAGGGAAAACAUUGAAUUAACAAAAUAAAAAAUCUUCCCACAAAGACAACUCCAGGCCCAGAUGGCUUUGCUGAUGAGCUCUAUCUGAUAUUUAAAGAAGAAACAGUAUCAGCCCUUCACAGGAUCUUCCGGACAGAAGAGGAGGAAGGAGCACUUGCUGACUCACCCCACAAGACCAGCGUUACCUCGAUAAUGCAGCCAGACAAAGGCAUCGCCAGAGAACUCCAGACCAUUGUCCAUCACGAGUGUGCAUGAACCCCCCAACCCAAAUUUAGCCAACGGAACCUAGCAACAUGAAAACAAGAUUAUAUACCUUGACCAUGUGGGAUUUUCCUCAGGAAUUCAAGGUCGGUUUGACAUUGGAGAAUCAAUUAAUGUCAUUUAGCAUGUCACAUAAAGAACAAAAACCACACAAUCAUCUCGAUAGAUGCAGUAAGAGCAUUUCACAAAACUCAGUACCAUUUAUGGUAAAGCCUCUCAGUGAAGAAGAGCGAUGGAGAUUGCUUCAGCCCACUGCAGGGCGCGCAUAGGACACUCACAGCUUAUGUUGUGCUUCAUGGGCAAAGACCGAGUGCCCUCCCCGGGGCUGGGCGUGAAGCCACGUGUCUGCUCUCACCACUUUCAUCCAGCUGGGCACUGGAAGCUCCAGCCAGGACUGUUUAACCUUUCAGCGUCUCUGGGGCCAUUGGAAGAAGAAGAAUUGUCUUGGCCACACAUUAAAUACCCAAACACUAACAAAUACUGAUGAGCAAAAAAAAAAAAUAAAGUUUUUAAGUAAGUGUAUGAUGUUGUGUUGGGCCGCCAUUUAUAGCCAUCCUGGGCCGCACGCAGCCCGAGGACCAUGGGUGGGACACCCCUGUCCAGACAGGCCCUAAGGAGAUAAAAUGCACCCGAAUGGAAAACAAGACUAUCACUGUUCUUACAUAUGUGAUCCUAUGUGCAUAAAAUCUUAAGGAAUUCAUCAGCAAAAAAAUUUGAAAUCUAAAAAAUGAGUUCAACAAGAGACUCUAAGAUCCAUAUACAAAAAUCAUUUGUGUUUCUAUA